GGCACAAACGAAAAGUACAGAAUCUAUUACCGUGCAAAAGUGCAGCGGGUGCAGCAGCAGCAGCAGCGGCAGGACGAACAAGGGUAAUUCCAGACUGCCAAUCUCAUGGUGGUUCGAUGGGCAACAGCAGUACCAGUGCAGCCGCUGUACUCUACGAGGAUUUACCUGACACAAUGAUGGGAGUGGGAGGAGGGGGAGGGACAACCAGCACCCAUUCCUCUCAACUGCACAAUCACUUGCCGAGUCAUCAACAACAGCAACAACAACAACAACAACAACAGCAACAGCAUCCUCAUCAUCAUCAUCAUCAUCAUCAUCAUCAUCCGAUCGGUCAAGCGCCGACGAUCGAGAUGCUGGACGUGAAGGAAAGCAACAGAGGAGGUGUUUUCGUCUGCAGCAGUCCUGGUCCAGAUCCUUACACGUCACAGGAUCUUUAUAAUCCUGUCUACGAAGAACUCAGUAACGGGGACCACCCGGAAACGGAUGAGGAAAGCGAAUUGAACGCGCGUAAUCGUUUGAAUAAUCAUCAUCAUCAUCAUCAUUGUCAUCAUCGUCGUACGUCUACAUCAAAAGCAGGUAGCGAGGAUGAGUUUGCUGAGGAUGAAUUAUCGGUUGGUGAACCUUCCGAAGCUAGAAUGCUUACAUCUAAUGGUCCCGCGUGGGGCACGUGUCCUGCCGGCAACAGACAGCCAAGGGAACGAAGGGGUAGAAGCCCUAGGAGUCUGGAUCGACGCAAGAGAGACAAAAGUCACGACGUUGGCGAAUUCCACGAGGGGAUGAUCCUCGACGCUUUGCUUCAACUUUAUCCUAGCGUGGCAGGUGUAGCUGGAAGCAGAACGAAUAAUAGUCAACGACAACAACAAUCCGUCCCAUCGGUUGCACAUAGACUACCAUAUUUUGUGCCGCCAAUGCCAGCAACUCAAGCCCUAAGAUUAGAAGAAAACCCAUACGAAAGUGUGCCCGUUCUCGGGCCGUUACAUCGUUAUUCUAAUCAAACAAGAAGUAAUAAAGAAAGAUUGAGAAAAUCUAAUGAAAAAUACAAGUACAUGAGUACUAAUCGUGACGGUAGUGUUGGUAGUGGUGUUGGUAGUGGUGUUGGUAGUGGUGUUGGUGGUAUUACUGUGGCUAAUAAUACUGGUAGUAAUAAUGGUGGUAAUAAUACUGGCAACAAUCAAUACAAUACCGAUUAUUAUGGUAUACAAAAUCAACAAGAAACUACACCGGUUUACACACAAGUUGGCGGUGACAAUUAUUCAUCGGACACUUAUUCUCAACCAACUGAUAGACUUUAUAUUAACAACGAUGACAACAAGUAUACGCAACCGGUUUAUUAUACUCCUAGGGAUAACGAUCAAAUAUCAUCCGGAAGAUUAUAUCAAGGCCAACCGGAUAGCAGUUUUGGUAGCGACAGUGGUUAUAGUCAUCACACAUCCGGUACAACAGGAACCAGUGGUACACGUGGUAGCAAUUCAAGAACCAAUCAUAGAAAAGAUAAACAUCGGAAUUCACAUCAUUCUCAUCAUUCAACUGAUUAUAUCGUUUCUUAAUGAAUCAAUCAAUCAAUCAAUUAAUUAAUUAAUUAAUUAAUUACUCGAGAACGAUUAUAAGAGAAUAUUUUCA